AAAAAAAAAAAAAUACUAAUCGGGAUACGAAAUUCACCAGUGAUGUUGAGUCCAACGGGUUAUGUUUUUUUUUUUCUUUUUUGUUCCAGAAUUAUUAUUUUUUUUUUCUUAUUUCAUUAUCAACAUGGUGUUGUUUUUUCAGAGUACAGUGGUAGAUCCUCCUGUGACAAUAUAUAUGGGUAGAGACAAGUUUGAAAAUGAAGACUUGAUCAAGUAUGGUUUUCCAGAAGAUAUAUGGUUUCACGUAGAUAAAUUAUCUAGUGCACACGUUUAUGUUCGAUUACAACCUGGACAAACCUGGUUAGAUAUUCCAGAGAAAGUGAUUGAAGAUUGUGCUCAAUUGGUGAAAGCAAAUAGUAUUGAAGGCAAUAAGAAGAAUGGGAUCACAGUAAUUUAUACACCAUGGGAUAAUCUCAAGAAAACAGCAGGAAUGGAAACAGGACAAGUGACUUUUUUUAAUCACAAAAAAGUGAAACGAGUACACGUGGAAAAACGUAUCAAUGAAAUUGUUAAUCGAUUAAACAAGACCAAAGUGGAACGUGAAGUAGAUCAUCUUCAAGAAAAAAUUCAAAGGGAAAAAUUGGAUCGAAAAGCAGCAAGACAGACUGAAUUUGAAGAGAAAGAAAACAUUCGACGAUUGACAGCGGAAAAACAACAAGCGGAAAAGGAAAUCAAGGAUAUGUUUGAUCCAAGUAAUAUGAAGAGUAAUUAUCGGGAACAUGAAGUAGAAGAUAUUAAUGCGGCUGAAGAAGAUUUUAUGUAGAUUAGUUUUCUUUUUUUGUAGUUUAGAUAAUUCAUCAAUAAUAAUAAUAAUAAAAAAUGAUAAUGAUGAUGAUGAUGAU